AAAGAAGUAUACAUAUAUAUCACCAUGUCUUGAGGAAUAUUUUCUGAGUAGACUCCAGACAGAACUCUCAAAGAGCCACACACAGGGCUGUGAACAUGGGGCUGAAUGCAUUUAGACAGUGGUAACCAGGACAUGUUGGGCAUGGCUGUUCCAUUGUAAUCCACUUUGAAGCUUUUUUACAAUCACCUGGCGAUUUAUCCUCCCAAGCAGGGCUCUCACACGUCUCAGAGUCUAUGCUGCAGUCUUCCCUCUGUAUGUGAAUACAACACUCUCAUUCCAGGAGCCAAACACGGAUACUGAACACAAGCAAACGUUCUCUGCAGUUUUCCUGGUCGUUCUGUCUGCUGCCUGCCAGCUCUCUCAGCUUGGGGCCUGGGUUCAGUCAGAGGAACCAAGGGGUCUGCAGAUAUUCAUUGGUUUUGGUUGGUGCAACAACAUGGGCGCCCCUAAAGGCAGUGUGAGCGGGAUCCACUUCCUCUUCCUAGCCUCACUAGUGUAUGAUUUAGUGCUGAUAUUGCCAACGUCAGGCUUCUCCCUGAUGAACUGCACUGUUCAUAGUUCCCCAAAUGCCACAAACCUGAAGGUGCGCUGCUUUAAUAAGAAAUUCUACCACGUGCCAACUGAUAAGCCUGCCAAAACAAGGCUCCUGGAUAUAUCAGGGAACCUCAUCUCAGAGCUACGGAGAGGAGAUUUCACAAACCUGAUGUAUAUGAGGGAGCUGAACAUAUCUCACAAUCAGAUCCACCACAUAGAUGAAGGCACCUUCAGGGACCUGGUCGCUCUGAAAGAGCUCAAUCUGGCAGAGAAUAAUUUGAGCAUCCUGUGCGGGAGAUUGUUUGAGGGUCUGAAGAACCUGACUGUGUUGCAGCUGGGAGGGAAUCGCAUACAAGAGAUCCAACAAUCAACCUUCCAGCCCCUGGUCAAUGUCAAGGUUGUGAACUUGAGCUUCAAUGCACUUCACCAACCACAGAGAGUCCAGCCCGUGUUCAGAGCAUCUGGUUUGGAGAGGCUCUAUGUUGGAGGCAAUCAAUUUCAAAGUUUUAACACCGAAGAUUUUGUUAAAGCUCCCGUACACUUGAAAGCGCUCGACAUGUCCUACAACCCUUUUACACAUUUUAAUAUUGCAAGCGACAUCUUUCCAGGGCUCAUGGUUUUGAACCUGUCUUAUUCAGGUUCACAGAAUGGGCUACGCUGGGAGUUAAGGAACAAAACGUUUGUAAAGGGAGUGAAGGAACUGUAUUUGAAUGGCUUUCACAUGACAAUACAAGGGAUUUUAUCAGUGAUAAAAAACUUCACCAAUUCGUCACUGGAAGAUCUACAGCUUAAUAACUUAAACUUCAGCCAAGCUGUUCAUAUUUUGAAAGACAUCUGCCUCUUGCUCCCUAAACUAAAGAGUCUCAGCCUUCAAGGUAACAGCAUAUCCAUUCUCGAGGACAGUACGUUUGUCAAUUGCUCCUCGCCAAACCAUUUGGAUUUAUCGAGGAAUAGUUUGAGGAACCUAUCAGAUAUGUCUUUCAGAGCCAUGCCCCAGUUGCAUCUCCUAGUACUGUCCUAUAACCAGCUGAACACCGUCCCCAAUGCAACCCAGAACCUCACCAGCCUGGUAACCUUGGACCUCAGCUACAACCUUAUUGAGACGCUACAGAGCUAUGAUUUCAAAGGCUUGAGAAGGCUGAGCUGCCUCAAUCUGAGAGGGAACUACAUCAUCAUACUCAACAAAUUGUUAUUCACCGACCUAGUGAACCUGCAAGACCUGAAGCUUCACAACAAUCUGAUCCUGGAUAUCCCGGAGCCACUGGCACCUAGCUUGCGUAACCUGAAGACCCUGAAUCUAGGGGUCAACAAGCUGAGUAUCAUCAAGAAUGCCACCUUCCUUAACUUGAAUUCACUGAGGAUUCUUUACAUGUCAACCAACCAGAUUUCAGUCAUUGAGGAGGGGGCUUUCAGUGGGCUGACGAAGCUCAGAACGUUGCACCUGGGGAACAAUAAGCUGACCAAGAACACUUUCAGAGGAGAGAAUGUCUUCACAGGGAUGCCUACCCUAAAGAUUUUGAUGCUGUAUAACAACCACAUUAACUAUGAGAAGUCAGAUGAGCUAGAGCACCCUCCUUUCGUUGCUCUGAAGUCCCUGACUCACCUAUCCUUCAACAGUCAGGGUCCCAAGGGUAUAUUGCAUUUGCCUUCUAACUUUCUGAAGGAGCUGUCUUUACUCAGGAUACUGUAUGCUGGCAGCCUGAGCCUGAGUUCUCUUCAUCCAGAUACAUUCAGCUACACACCUCUUUUAACUUACAUAGACCUCAACAGUAACCCACUCGCUUUUAUUGACCCUAGAAUCUUCCAGAACAUGUCAGCCCUGGAAAUAUUGUACCUGGACAAAAUGCGUCUGCAGUCACUGGAUUUCCUGAUUAAUGCCAACCUCACCAAGGUCAAGUUCCUAUCAGCAAUGGAAAACGAGUUUAACACACUAAACAAGUCUCAUAUCCAGUCCCUCCCCUCCCUAAAGCUGCUCAAACUAUCUCUGAACCCCUUCACCUGCGGCUGUGUCAAUGCCUGGUUCCAGAACUGGUCCCUGCAGGACACUAACACCCAGGUCCUGGACUUAUAUCAGCUCUCCUGUGGGUACCCUCCAACCCUGCGCAACAGCAGACUGGCUGAUUUCAAGUUUGACUCCUGCGCUCUUGACCUGGAGUUUAUCUUUUUUGUCUCAACUUCCACCCUUGUGACUCUAACCAUGGUGACCUCCUUCAUUUACCACUUCCUCCGCUGGCAGGUUGUCUAUGCCUACCAUCUCUUCCAAGCAUUCUUAUAUGACAGGAAGCAGAAGCCGUCCCGACGUUACGAGUUUGAUGCCUUUGUUUCGUACAACGCUCACGAUGAGCCUUGGGUCCUGAGGGAGCUGCUGCCCAACCUGGAGCAGGGCCGUGGCUGGAAGCUGUGUCUGCACCAUCGAGACUUUCAGCCCGGCAAGCCCAUAAUUGACAACAUCGUGGACAACAUCUACAAGAGCCGCAAGACCCUUUGCAUCAUCAGCCGCCACUACCUGGAGAGCGAGUGGUGCUCCAGGGAGAUCCAGGUGGCCAGCUUCCGUCUCUUUGACGAGCAGAAGGAUGUGCUGGUCCUGGUGUUCCUGGAGGACAUCCCUGACUGCCAGCUCUCCCCCUACCACAGGAUGAGGAAGCUGGUGAAAAAGAAGACCUACCUGAACUGGCCCAAAUGUGAGGAAGAAACCAGGCUGUUCUGGCACAAGCUGAACACAGCACUGGAGACCCGAGAAGAACCUGAUGAAGAAAAUCCAAUUCUAACUGGCUUAGAGACUCCUGACUGAAACUUUAUGCUUUAUGCUGUUAUAGUUAAAUAAGACUCCCAUUGCAAAGCAGUUUGAGCCAUUGCUAGCUUUUAAUAAAACACACCUAACACACCUAACACCUAACAUCAAGCCGCGGCUGUGAGUCUAUUUACUCCGAAGCUCUCCAUGUGGAGCUCAUUCAACAUUCAAACUCUCCACUCUGCACAUCUACUUACUGUCUGCAUCUGCUGUUCUGUGUCCUGGCAUUCCUGUUACAGGGAUCUGGGUCUACAUUCAGCUCUGCAUUGUUCACUGUUUGUUUCUCACCUGGCCCCGCUGUUCAAGAAAACUGUGACUCAAAUCCCAGUAACUUUUGACCUACUGGAGGCAGGGCAGGUGACUAUGUUAUCAGGCCGCGGCUAGGAGGCUAUUUACACCAAAGUUCACCACGGUGCUCCUCUGUGCUCGUCCGUGCCUGUACUGCCUUGUCCUCCACCACCCAGCUUUGUUUCUGACGGUUUCUAUCCAAUCUGGUCUGAUAAGUACCUGCUACGGAACCAACAGCCAACAACCAAUUUAGUAUCUUUCUUUCUGUCUUCCCCCGCACCCUACCUAAAUUACUCCUACUCCCCUCACCCCUUGCUUUUGGUAUAGACCCUUAAUCCUUUUUUUCCCACCCUCCCAUACACUCUGGUCACCAUUUCUCUCUGGUACUUGCUCCCUCCUACUGGACCCCUACCCCUCCUCCCCCAAUAACUACCACAUUCCCCUCUUUUGAGUACCAACUUCCUUCUUUGCCUCCCCUCACCGCACUAUCUUUCUCAUCAUCUAUCAUCCCCCCGGCCCCCCCUCCUCAUUAUUUGACCAUCUUGAUUGCCUCCUCUCCUCCCGCCUCCCUCUCCCCCCACCCUUUCAUUAUCCUAAGAGAUUCCAACCUUGCUUCUGCCCUUUUCCCUCUCACCAACUCGCAGACACAGAGGUGGAAGACUGCUGCUCAGCACGGCUGGAAGCUGUUAUUUAAGUAUAAAAAAACAAGCAAAAGAGACCAAACAAAACACACAAAAUAAAAUAAUUCACUCAAGCAGUGCUAACACAGUGCAGCGUCAGGGAGCACAGCCAGUUGCCCCCAGUCCUUUCCUUAAAUAAACAAGCCAGACUCAAACCUCUGGCUCCUCUUAUAUACCAUGUGGUCAGGGCUGAUUGACAAUCAGAUCAAUCAAUCAGCACCUGGCCACGUUCUGCACAUGGACUUGGCAGGGAUAGGGUUUAACCCCGUCCCUGCCAAAUGUACAUUCAAACUAAACCAGCUUUAAUAAAAAAAAACACACCUUCCCCUAUAGCAGAUCUUUCAAAACACUGCGUCUAAAACAGGAAGUGAGAGUCAUUUGCAUCUUUAGAGGAAACUAGACUUGCAACAUGUCCUGUGGCAGGAGUUGGUCAUGCAUUUGUCUGAGUGCUUCUUUAAAGUGUUUUGACGUGUUAAAGUAUGACAGAACUCUCCAAGCAAGGCAUCCAUUCCUCUUUAGAGUGCUUCCAAAUGACAUUUAAACACAGUAGCAUUCUUAUUCCCAUAAAUACUAACCUUUUGCAUUUGGAUUAUGAGGAUUUUUUUUCAUUCCUUAUUUCUUGUGUUUGCUGUGAUGGUGUGAGUCUCUUGCCAGCUUGUCAUUGGAAAUUAGAAUGGGUUUUCAAUUCACUUAUCUGGAUAAAUAAAGGGUUUCAUUGACUGACUGGUAUGUCUGUGGUCAGUCAACACAGAAAUACAGGCAGUAUAAAGAAAUCCAUUUGUUUUUAGAGCUUGUUUAAUAAUGAACAUGUUAUAAGGUUACAAGCUGCUCUUCUCAGAUCUUAGGGAUCUGUUUUCACUGAAUGAAUUGAUUAGAACAUUAUUACUUCACCUGAUCAAUAGACAGGAGAAUUUCAUGUCUGUCUGAGACAAUGGAGUGAUUACAGGGGGAAACAUGAUAGGACAGAGGUACAGGGUUUGGAUUAAGCAUAUGAUUGUACUUUUCUUACAUCGCUGUGGAAUGCCACACAUGUGUUUUCAUCUU